AUGUACUACUAUCCUUGCUAUACAUUCGUUUUUCUUACUACUACCACUUUAUGAUCACAAUCAUGAAAGAUCAAGAAGCACAAAUCAACCUUGAAAAUCUAGCCCAUCAUCAUGACUUAUCUACCUCAUUUUCAUCCCCUAAUAGCUUAAAUUCUCCUUCAACAACUACCUCUUCUUCCUCCUCCUUUAGUGAGAGUAACACAAUCUCGUUGAAUGACUCUGGUUUCGGGACUCAAGUAUGGAGUUGCCAGGUGAACCAUUCGGUUCACGAGAUCCCAAUAGAGUACGAAUCAAAGAAAAGAUCAAAGAAAGUUCAAGAACUCGCCUGCAAUGGAAAUGACGACAAUAUUGGAAACAUUGAGAACAAGAGGAGGAAAAAAGAGGACGAUGAAAAGCAUCCAACCUAUAGAGGAGUUCGUAAGAGGAACUGGGGAAAAUGGGUGUCCGAAAUUCGAGAGCCAAGGAAGAAAUCAAGAAUAUGGCUAGGAACUUAUUCGACAGCUGAAAUGGCUGCUCGAGCUCAUGAUGUGGCAGCUUUAGCCAUUAAAGGUCACUCGGCUUACCUUAAUUUCCCUUAUUUAGCCGAUCAACUUCCCCGUCCAGCUUCUACUUCCCCUAAGGACAUUCAAAUCGCGGCUGCAAAAGCCGCUGCCACCACAUUUCCCGACGAAAGGUGCAGUGGAAAUGAAGCAGAGUCGAGCCAAAUCGAGGUUCAUAGUUCAUCUUCGUCUACGGAUUUAUCCUCAGAGAAUAACCAAGAAUCAAUAAAUUCUCCAUCAACCGAUAAAGAUGAUACAUUUUUCAAUCUACCAGAUCUUUCCAUCAAUAAAGUGGAUCAAAUUGAUAGUUAUUGUUAUCCAAUUUCGACAUGGCAGCUUGUUGGAGGGGAUGGUGGAUUCUGGCUGGAGGAGCCAUUUUUAUGGCAGAGCUACUAGUAGAACAGUAAACUUUUGUGAAACAAAACAUUGCUUAAAAGACCAACCACAUCAUGUGAGGUCUCAACAUCAUAGGAAAGCAAAAUUUUGUAAACUCGUGUCCAUAUUACCGUUAAUGUGAGUAUUUUUUUUUUUUUUCAUUCCUUGUUUAUGCUAAACCAAACAGCAACAACAAUUAGAGAGGAAAUGCCUCAUGCAGGAUGCCAAGAUAUCGAACUCCACCUGUGUGAAUAAUUUUUUUUUUUUUUUUUUGUGGGAAAGAAGAUU